CGUCGCUUAAAGUUCGGGCGAAUCCUUGGAUAACCAAUUAUCUGCGUGGACGUCAAUAGUCAGUUAAAUUUCGCAACAUCAAGUCCAAGUAGAAUUAAGCAGAUGGUUCCUGCCGUUUAAUCUCUACAGGGCCAAACACCCUCCGCUGCCAGUUGCAAACGGGAUCAAACAUCGACAGCUUUUGAUUAUCUCUCUGAUCAUUUCCAAUGUCAGAAAUGUCGACAUCUUUGUAGCGAAAUCCACUACGACAAAAUCCCGGAGUCACGUUAGAUAAUCUUUUCUCUUUCUCGCCGUAUACCAUUUGCAAUAAAUUACGUGCCAGGAACAAAGUCCCCAAGUCACUAGCUGGCAGUACAGUGGGGAGGCGAGAAAGACACCCUAUCUACAACGUACAAAGUAAUCUACCGGUGGAGGCAAAUUACGCAGCGACAAUGUGGUCGCCAGAAACGAGUAACACACAGUGGAGAGAUUUGCAGAUGUGCCAGAAUGCAGCUCAACAAUGGCUACAGAGGCUGGCAUUACCUCCAUGCCCAAAAACCAGAUAGUGGUGGUGAAAGAACAUAACAUUCUGUUAUCGAACAGUUCCAAGUAAAAUACUAUCGGGACCGCCUUUAAUACCCGUAAAGAACACGUCGUGCCUGGUGGUGGACCGCCGCCCAUUAAUAUUGAGGAAGCAGAACUGUCAAAGAGACCAGGUGCUAGCACAGCUCUGCUCCGGGCUGUGCCACAGGCUCAACAGCUACCCCUCUCGUCUGAACACAGAAGCUUUAUGAACCACGCCCAAAGACGUUGACCGUUUUCUUGACCCCGGGUUGCUGAGGAUAUCACCUGGCGGGAUAUUUGGAGGUUGAGCACUGCUGCUACAAUAACAACAACAACAGAUGAGAGUAACAAAAAUGCAACUUUGGAGAAGCAAGGGGCAUGACUGUGACAACCAAUUCGGUGGUGAUUACCAAGGACCAAAGUAAUUUGAUAGGCAUUAGCAUUGGAGGUGGUGCACCAAUGUGUCCCUGUCUAUACAUCGUACAAGUCUUCGAUGGCACGCCUGCAGCGCGUGAAGGUUCUCUACAAAGCGGCGAUGAGUUGUUGGCAGUCAACUCGGUCAGUGUGAAGGGUAAAACCAAGGUGGAAGUGGCUAAAAUGAUACAAGCCGCCACUACAACUGUCACCAUACACUACAACAAGCUGCAUGCCGACCCGGAGCAGGGCAAAUCGCUGGAUAUUAUAUUGAAGAAAUUGAAGCAUCGCAUUGUGGAUAAUAUGUCGAGUAAUACAGCAGAUACUUUGGGCCUCUCGCGCGCCAUCCUUUGCAAUGAUUCACUGGUAAAACGGUUAGAAGAACUUGAGGGAACCGAACUGAUGUACAAAGGCUUGGUGGAGCAUGCGCGACGCAUGCUGAAAGCCUAUUACGAUUUGCUGCAAACUUACAAAGCCUUCGGCGAUUGUUUCACACAGAUUAGCGCACGCGAACCGCAGCAACGCGCCUCUGAGGCGUUUCGCAUGUUUGGCGAAUUUCAUCGAAAUCUCGAAAGGGACGGUCUCGGCAUAAUCAAACAAAUCAAGCCAGUACUCUCCGAUUUGGGCACGUACCUGAACAAGGCGAUACCGGACACCAAGCUGACUGUGCGCCGUUAUGCCGAUGCGAAAUUUACUUACCUCUCGUACUGUCUGAAGGUGAAGGAAAUGGACGAUGAGGAGCAUAGCUUUGCUGCGUUGCAAGAGCCGCUCUAUCGCGUCGAGACGGGCAACUAUGAAUACAGACUAAUUUUGCGUUGUCGCCAGGAUGCGCGCAACAAGUUCGCCAAAUUGCGUACCGAUGUAUUGGAGAAGAUGGAAUUGCUGGAGUGCAAACAUGCUACUGAUCUCAAUCAGCAAUUGCGCAGUUUGCUUGAUAGUUUGGCGCAACUGAAUCGUUCAGUGGUCGAGCGCAUGGACGCCUUGCCGUCACUUUUCCCUAUCGAGGUUGAUUUUAAAGAAACUGACUUCCAAUACAAGUCCAGCACGUUGAAGCCCCAGGACGUGGACGAAGAAGAUGAGGAGAGCAACGUGCGCACUGAAGCGAAUACAUUACGCGCGUCGAGCACCGAAGUUGUUUGUGGCCUAGAGGCGGUCGAAACACCAGCGCCCGUAAUGAAUGUACAGCAGAAGGGAAGCAUCUUAGACGAUCUUGACGCGGCGGACAAUCAGUGUGCGGAAAAUAAUGAAACGCUCUUAAAGGAGUUGGGUCUAUUCGGUGUCGAUCUUAUGUCCAAUCCGCAAACUUUGACGAAUCAAAAGGAUUCGGUUGCUGCACAAAAUGGUGCUUACGAUUUUGAUUUGUUUCUAAAUCAGACGGCAGCAACAACGACGCAAUUGGAGCAGGAUUUAAUGUCAGCGAAUGCGUCGGAAACAGAUUUACUGUUGCAGUGAGUUGGCGGGCGGCUAGGUGGAAAAUGAGCUUCGAAAAAAAA